AUGGGGUACCAGCAUGCCUUCGCCGCUGCUGCUGCUGCUGCUAGAAACAGCGAGCUCGAAGUCCACGGUGCUCUGCUGCAGCACUUAUAUCCCACCGGCAACGACGUCUGUUCGCUCUCAACAAAUGGCCUGCUGCUGCCAGCGGAUCCCAACUGCUCCUCCUCCUCCCCCUCAAACUCCACUUCCUCUCCGCCUAAGUUGUCUGCGCUUGGGCCACCGCAACCGCCACCGCCAGAACAGCACCCGCAGUUCUGGGAUCAAACACAUUCCGCGAACAGGGAGUCACUGGAGCACAGAUUUGUUCAGUGCCAACAGCACGUACCCCUGCCGCCCUCCCAGACGCUCCUCUUUCACGACCAUUGCUCUACCGAGAUGCUGGGCUCAGUGGCCAUGCUUGCUCCAACGAUGUCCCAGCAACUUAUCGCCGACUUUCCUAUGCAGCAGCCACAGGAGGUUUCCAAUGGAUCGGAACCUGUGGAGGACGGUCGUUGCAAUGAAGAUAGUCGUGAGGACAAUCAGACACACCAGUGGGACAUUAAGGACGUCCGGCUGCCUAAUGUGACAACCUUUGAGCCCUACGAUCUCUGGCCCAAUAGCAGUUGUAGACGAGUCUACUCCUUCACCUCGGAGCGGGCGCGUCGUCAUCAGAGCCGUUGGGCCAUGCAAAACACCAAUAACCACAAUCCGCAUGUCCUGAAAAAGUACCGUUUGAAGUCAUUUUGA